GAGAUUCCUUCCCGGAGCUAAAGACUGCGCGGCGCCUGGCUCUGACGUCACUUCCGCUACCGCGAUGGCGGCCCCGGGAGCGGCCGCGGCGGUUGCUGCAGCGACCUCGGGGGUUUUAGGGGAGGGCGAACCUGGACCCGGGGAGAAUGCAGCGGCCGAGGGCACUGCUCCGUCUCCAGGCCGAGUCUCUCCUCCGACUCCGGCACGCGGCGAACCAGAAGUCACGGUGGAGAUCGGAGAGACGUACCUGUGCCGGCGACCGGACAGCACCUGGCAUUCUGCAGAAGUGAUCCAGUCCCGAGUGAAUGACCAGGAGGGACGAGAGGAGUUCUAUGUACACUAUGUAGGCUUUAACAGGCGACUGGACGAGUGGGUAGACAAGAACCGGCUGGCGUUGACCAAAACAGUGAAGGAUGCUGUGCAGAAGAACUCAGAGAAGUACCUGAGUGAGCUGGCUGAGCAGCCUGAGCGCAAGAUCACUCGUAACCAAAAGCGCAAGCACGAUGAGAUCAACCAUGUGCAGAAGACUUACGCAGAGAUGGACCCCACAACAGCGGCUUUGGAGAAGGAGCACGAGGCGAUCACCAAGGUGAAGUAUGUGGACAAGAUCCAUAUUGGAAACUAUGAGAUCGAUGCCUGGUAUUUCUCGCCAUUCCCUGAGGACUAUGGGAAACAGCCUAAGCUGUGGCUCUGCGAGUACUGCCUGAAGUACAUGAAGUACGAGAAAAGCUACCGCUUCCACCUGGGCCAGUGUCAAUGGCGGCAGCCCCCAGGGAAGGAGAUCUACCGAAAGAGCAACAUCUCCGUGUAUGAGGUAGAUGGCAAAGACCAUAAGAUUUAUUGUCAGAACUUGUGUCUGCUGGCCAAGCUUUUCCUCGACCACAAGACAUUGUACUUCGAUGUGGAGCCCUUCGUCUUUUACAUCUUGACUGAGGUGGACAGGCAAGGGGCUCACAUCGUGGGUUACUUCUCCAAGGAGAAGGAGUCCCCAGAUGGAAACAAUGUGGCUUGCAUCCUGACCCUGCCCCCUUACCAGCGCCGUGGCUACGGGAAGUUUCUCAUUGCGUUCAGCUAUGAGCUCUCCAAGCUGGAGAGCACAGUCGGCUCCCCAGAGAAGCCGCUCUCUGACCUGGGCAAGCUCAGCUACCGCAGCUACUGGUCCUGGGUCCUGCUGGAGAUCCUGCGAGACUUUCGUGGCACAUUGUCCAUUAAAGACCUCAGCCAAAUGACCAGUAUCACCCAGAAUGACAUCAUCAGUACCCUGCAGUCCCUCAAUAUGGUCAAGUACUGGAAGGGCCAGCAUGUGAUCUGUGUCACGCCCAAACUGGUGGAGGAGCACCUGAAAAGCGCCCAGUAUAAGAAACCACCCAUUACAGUGGACUCUGUCUGCCUCAAAUGGGCUCCGCCCAAGCACAAGCAAGUCAAACUCUCCAAGAAGUGAGCAUGCAUGCCCCCGCUGCUGCAUCCGGGACCCCUGCCUCCCUGCUCUGUAAAUAAUGUACAGACCUGUUUCUUCAUUUUUUAAUAAAGUGAAUUCUGCUGGUG